ACCAAGUUCCUCAACCCCAAUCUGCUAAAGUGUCUUGAAAUUGCAACUUUAAGAUUUAUAUGAAGUGGAAGCUGAAGAGAAUCAUUUCAUUGAGAGAGAAAAGCAAGCCAAAGCUGCAUAGUAAAAUAUUGAAACAAAGACAGUAAACAACAAAGGAGUCAUCAUCACAAAAUGAUAAGCAUUUGUAAAAAAAGACCCUGUUUCAUGUCAGACCUUAAAAGGUGCUUCACUAAAAACUCCUGUGAAAAUUUUAGAGGUUAAUGAGAUUGGAACAUAUCAUAGAAGUUACACACUUUCACUUAUCACUAAGUUUUUUCAAAGGAAAAAAAAAGGAGGGUGAAGCUUGCAAGUUAGUCAAAAAUGGGUUCACAAUCUGCUCCACCUAAGGCGAACCAGGAUGACUACAAGCUGAAAGACACAAAGCCGGUGCUCGGAGAACGGUGGCCACACGGAGGACAACGUGGCGGUAGCGGAUGGAUCUACACCGAGAGAGCAACAAGCACAUACGACCUUGUGGAACAGAUGUUUUACCUCUACGUUCGAGUCGAAAAGGCGAAGGACUUGCCUCCAAACCAAGUAACUGGAAGUGUUGAUCCUUAUGUGGAAGUAAAAGUUGGCAACUAUAAAGGGAAAACAAGACACUUUGAGAAGAAAAGCAACCCUGAAUGGAAACAAGUCUUUGCAUUCUCAAAGGACAAGAUACAAUCCUCUGUUGUUGAGGUUUAUGUAAGGGACAAAGAAAUGGUUGCUAGAGAUGAUUACAUUGGAAAAGUUGUAUUUGACAUGCAUGAAGUUCCAACGAGGGUUCCACCAGAUAGCCCUUUAGCUCCUCAAUGGUAUAGAUUAGAGGGUAGAAGGGGUGAACCCAAGGUGAGGGGAGAAAUCAUGCUAGCAGUAUGGAUGGGGACACAAGCUGAUGAAGCAUUCCCUGAAGCAUGGCAUUCAGAUUCAGCUUCAGUUCAUGGAGAAGGAGUAUAUACAAUAAGAUCAAAGGUUUAUGUUAAUCCAAAGUUAUGGUAUGUUAGAGUCAAUGUCAUUGAAGCGCAAGACAUUGAACCGCAGGACAAAAGCCAGCCACCACAAGCUUUUGUGAAGGCUCAGGUGGGACAACAAGUCUUGAAGACUAAGCUUUCACCGACGAAGACGCCGAAUCCAAUGUGGAAUGAAGAUCUUGUGUUUGUAGCAGCAGAGCCAUUUGAGGAGCAGCUUGUGAUCACGGUGGAGAACAAGUCUACGCCAGCGAAAGACGAGGUUGUUGGGAGGUUAUGCGUGCCAUUGAACAAGUUUGAGGUCCGGCUCGACCAUAGGCCGGUGCAUUCGCGUUGGUUCAAUCUUGAGAGGUUUGGGUUUGGUGUUCUUGAGGGUGAUAAGAGGCAUGAGCUCAAAUUCUCAAGUAGGAUUCACCUCAGAGUGUGUCUUGAAGGUGCAUACCAUGUGCUUGAUGAAUCAACUAUGUACAUUAGUGAUACGCGGCCUACUGCGCGGCAGCUCUGGAAGCAGCCUAUUGGGAUUCUUGAAGUUGGAAUACUGAGUGCUCAAGGCUUGCAGCCGAUGAAGACGAACGAGGGAAAGUCUUCAACGGAUGCCUAUUGUGUUGCCAAAUAUGGACAGAAAUGGGUGAGAACCAGGACAAUAACAGAGAGUUUCAAUCCAAAAUGGAAUGAGCAAUACACUUGGGAAGUUUAUGAUCCUUGCACUGUCAUAACCUUGGGUGUUUUUGACAACUGCCAUUUGGGUGGAGGAAGUGGAUCAAAAAAUGAUUCAAGAAUUGGAAAAGUGAGGAUUCGUUUAUCAACAUUGGAAAUGGAUAGAAUCUACACAAACUCUUACCCUUUACUUGUUCUUAGUCCCAAAGGAUUGAAGAAAAUGGGGGAAGUUCAAUUGGCGAUUCGAUUUACAUGCCUCUCUUUGGCUCACAUAAUCUACCUUUAUGGACACCCUUUGUUACCAAAAAUGCAUUACUUGCAUCCAUUCACAGUAAACCAGUUAGAUGGAUUGAGGUACCAAGCUAUGAAUAUUGUUGCUGUGAGACUUGGUAGAGCUGAACCACCAUUGAGAAAAGAGGUUGUGGAAUACAUGCUUGAUGUGGAUUCUCAUAUAUGGAGCUUGAGAAGAAGCAAAGCAAAUUUCUUUAGAAUUGUGUCCCUUUUUUCAGGUGCAAUUUCUAUGACUAGGUGGCUUGGUGAGGUUCAACAAUGGAAGAAUCCAAUUACAACAAUUCUAGUCCAUGUUCUGUUCUUCAUUUUGAUAUGUUACCCUGAACUGAUCCUCCCUACUAUCUUCCUCUACAUGUUCCUCAUUGGAAUAUGGAACUUUAGGUUCCGGCCGAGGCAUCCGCCUCACAUGGACACCAAGCUUUCGUGGGCGGAGGCAGCACAUUCGGAUGAACUCGAUGAGGAGUUCGAUACUUUUCCAACUUCUAAGGCACAGGAUGUGGUCAAAAUGAGGUAUGAUAGGCUAAGAAGUGUAGCCGGAAGAAUACAAACGGUUGUUGGAGACAUUGCAACUCAAGGUGAGAGGCUUCAAGCAUUAUUGAGUUGGAGGGAUCCAAGAGCAACAAGUUUGUUUGUGAUUUUCUGCCUUAUAGCUGCGGUGGCGCUAUACAUAACGCCGUUCAAGAUGGUUUCUGUUGUUGCCGGAAUAUUCUGGCUCCGUCACCCCAAGUUUAGAAGUAAGUUACCCUCUCUGCCUAGCAACUUCUUCAAGAGGUUACCGUCUCGCGCCGAUGGCAUGCUUUGAAGCAUGUAUAGUUUCUAGAAAUUCAGUACAGGACAGGGAUGCAAUUUGUUUUGGUAUGUAGUUCACUGCUUUUUGUGAUUAGUUACAUGUUUUGUUUUAGAACAAAUUCAUUAUGUAAUAGGUGGAAAUGGGAGAUCAAAGGUAACUAUGCUUUGAAGGCUCCAACACUAUGCAAAAGAGAGAACAUUUAUGCAGAUUAGCUUCUUUGUAUGAUUGUAUCAUUGAAUUAUCAUUUUUUUGGU